AUGGCGCCGGCGCCCGCCCCCUGAGGCGCCUGAGCUGGUCGCAGGCGACGAGUUCCACUCCAGUCAUGGCGGCCGCGGGACAGGCUGUGGGCAGCGGGGCUCUGGAGACGUGCAGUCUGGAUCGGAUUUUGGAGGCGUUGAAGCUGCUACUGAGCCCGGGAGGAUCAGACUCAAGUUCACUACAGAUCACAAAACAUGAUGUCUUGUUGGCUACUUUAAAAUCUAACCUGUCUGCUUUGGAGGACAAGUUUCUGAAGGAUCCUCAGUGGAAGAAACUGAAACUUCUAAGAGAUGAAAUUGCCAAUAAGGCAGAGUGGCCACAAAACUCUGAGGAUGUCACUUGGAAUUUUACUUCUCAAACCUUGUUGUUGCUACUGUGCUUGAAGGAAACCAUGAUCCGCCUUGCAGCUGAUUUCCAUCCAGGUAAACCCAACCCUAGGACUCCAGAAGUUGCUCCUGCCUUGAGCCCCGAUGCACUUAGCAUCUCACAGCAGAAGACUGUCCAGUCCGUUUUGCAGUUUGUAGUCACCUUAGGUGUCUGUCCCUAUCUCAUGCCUGGUGUUGGAGUCCCCUUGAGAUUCAGGACUGAGUUUGGUGCCGUUGUCCAAGACGUGGUACAUCUCAAUGCUGCCCCUGAUGCAACUCGGAGACUGUACACCAGCUGCCGGGUCCUUCUGAAUGUUGCUCAGCACACGUCUCUGGGGAGCUUGAUUUUCUGCCGCCAUUUCGGGGACAUUGCAGCAGGUCUGUGCCAACUGGGAUUCUGCCCAACCAAAAGAAAAGCACUAACACCUGCGAAAGAGGUUUUAACUGAAGAGGAAAGAACCCUAUCCGCGGAGGCCUUGAGAGACAUGUUGGAUCAAGUGUAUCAGCCCUUAGCAGUCCGAGAAUUACUUAUCCUCCAGGGAGGACCACCCCAGUCCUGCACCGAUGCGAAGACACAGGUCAAGUGUCGGGCGCCAGCUUGGCUUCGGCGUCUAUGUGGGCAGCUGCUCUCGGAAAGGUUAAUGAGACCCAGUGGUGUUCAGGCAGUGGUCCGGGGUAUUUUGGAAGGAGCAGGUGCGGGGGCAGCCGGAGGACGUGAUGCUGAGGCGACGGCUGCCGACUGGAAGAAGUGUGACCAGAUAGCAAAGAUUUUGGCCUCUUGUCCCCAACAGUCUCUCUCACCAGAAAGUUACUACAGGGACAUCUGCCCCCAGAUUCUGGAUUUAUUUCACUUUCAAGAUAAAUUGACAGCACGUCAGUUUCAGAGAGUUGCCACCACCACCUUUCUAACUAUGUCGAGAGAACGCCCACAAUUGGCAGCAAAGUAUUUGCUUCAGCCAGUGCUGGCUCCCCUGCAUCGAUGUUUGAACACAGCAGGUAAAGGGGCAAGUCUGGUGGUUGGGACAUUUUUGAAGACCCCAGAAAACCUUUCAGCUAAACAGGAUUUCAUCUUUAAAGUGUACGUGGUCGGGAACGAACCUUUGACAGUUUUGCUGGAUUCCCUGCUUCCAGUCCUGGGAGUGCUCUUUCUUCUCUACUGUUUUACCAAGCAGAGUGUGUCUCACAUAAGGUCACUUUGCCAAGAGAUCUUAUUAUGGAUUCUGGGAAAGCUGGAAAGGAAGAAGGCAAUUGCCAGCCUGAAAGGAUUUGCAGGGUUGGACAAAGCUGCACCCUCUCUCCAUUCUCUGUGUCAGUUUAGAGCUGCCACUCAUGGUGGCGUUAUGAUUACGGUCAAAGAGGCCAUUAGUGAUGAAGAUGAAGAUGAAGCCCUAUACCAGAAAGUGUCCUCAGAGCAAGGCCAAGUGGAACAUCUUGGGGACUUGUUGUGCCACUGCCAGGAAUGUGGUUUGGCAGGAGACUUCUUCAUCUUCUGUUUGAAGGAGUUGACUCAUAUGGCCAUGGAAAAUGAAGCAGAGUUAAAAACUAAGCCCUUCUCCAACAAAAGCCUUUUGGAAUUAGAGCAACACCAGACUCUUCUUGUGGAAGGCCAGGAGCGGAAGUUGCUCGUGCUGCAGCUGAUGGCUGUUCUGUGUGAGAAAAUGUCUGAGCAGAUAUUCACAAAUAUCACUCAGGUGGUGGACUUUGUAGCAGCAACACUGCAGAGAGCAUGUGCAAGCUUGGCCCAUCAGGCAAAGAGUACCGUGGAGUCACAGACACUGAGCAUGUCCAUGGGGCUGGUGGCCGUCAUGCUAGGAGGAGCUGUCCAGUUGAAAGCAAGUGAUUUUGCUGUCCUGAAGCAGUUGCUGCCUCUGUUGGAAAAGGUAUCCAACACAUACCCUGACCCUGUCAUCCAGGAACUGGCUGUGGAUCUCCGUAUCACCAUCUCCACCCACGGAGCCUUUGCCACUGAGGCUGUCAGCAUGGCCGCCCACAGUACCCUGAACAAGAAAGAUCCAGAAAGGAAAAUAGAAGAGCAGCAGCAAACCAGUCAUGAAAGCUACACUGAUGUAGCUCAGAGCCACCUCAAACAACAGCAAAGCCAUGAGAAAUCCUCCCAAACAGGCCUGCAGUCGAGUGCUCCAUUCAUUCCUAAGGGGGUCAGUGAGGCCAGCACUGCGACAAACCAGAAACCUGCGAGCAUAACCACAGAGCAGCUCCAAGAGGUUCUUUUGUCAGCUUAUGAUCCUCAGAUUCCAACACGGGCUGCUGCCCUGCGGACUCUUUCCCGCUGGAUAGAACAGAGAGAAGCAAAAGCCCUCGAGAUGCAAGAGAAGCUUCUCAAGAUAUUCUUGGAGAACUUGGAACAUGAAGAUACUUUUGUAUAUCUGUCUGCAAUUCAGGGGAUUGCCCUGCUCUCAGAUGUGUACCCUGAGAAAAUCCUGCCGGACCUGUUGGCGCAAUAUGACAGUGACAAAGACAAGCACACGCCAGAGACCAGAAUGAAAGUUGGGGAAGUCCUGAUGCGAAUUGUCAGGGCGUUAGGAGACAUGGUCUCAAAGUACCGAGAACCUUUGAUCCACACCUUCCUGAGAGGAGUGAGAGAUCCCGAGAGCACUCACAGGGCCAGCAGCUUGGCCAACCUGGGAGAACUGUGCCAGAGGCUGGACUUCCUGCUGGGCUCCGUGGUUCAUGAGGUAACAGCUUGCCUGAUUGCUGUGGCUAAAACAGACCGCGAAGUUCAAGUGCGCAGAGCUGCCGUCCACGUGGUUGUGCUACUGCUUCGGGGACUCAGCCAGAAAGCCACUGAGGUGCUGAGGGACGUCCUCAAGGAUCUCUACCACCUGCUGAAGCACGUGGUGUGUGUGGAGCCCGAUGACGUGGCCAAGCUCCAUGCCCAGCUGGCCCUGGAAGAGCUGGACGAGAUAAUGAAAAACUUCCUGUUCCCACCACAGAAGCUGGAGAAAAAGAUCGUGGUCCUGCCCUAGACCGUGUCUCAAAGGACAUGGAGGAGGCAGGGAGGGACCAAGCAGCCAAAACAGUGCCCAGGCCUUCUAGCAGGUGGCCCUGCUGCCUCUUUGGGGCUGGCAACAUGGCUGACCCUGGAGGUGGCCUUCUGAUGCUCGUCACUUGGGUCGUCAGGCUGACCUUCCUAAAGCAUCUAUUUAGCCAUCCUGCAUCUAGCCCAAAGAGUGUGCAGGUAAAAGAAAAAAGAUUACAAAUCUCAUUAAUCUGCACAAUUUUCACUGUCCCAUAGCAUUUUUUUUUCUCCUGAUUGCA